AUGGGUGGCCUGCUAGGCGCAAAGCGUGUCGUUGUCACAGACUAUGCAGCUGAGCCCGUCCUCAAAACCUUUCGCACCAACGUCGCUCGCAACAUCCAGCCCUCUCUAUCAUCCGCUGGUGCUGAGGCAACCCCCUCUUCUGCAGUCUCCAUCCAGGGCCAUUCCUGGGGUGAGUUCGAUGACACUUUCAGCACAUCAGCUGCUCACUCGUUCGACCGUGUCAUUGCCGCCGGUUGUCUCUGGAUGCCUUGGCAACACCAGAACCUUCACCGCUCCAUCGCCCACUUUCUCAAGCAAACCCCUGAGGCUAGGUGUUGGGUUGUCGCUGGUUUCCAUACUGGCCGAACAAAGAUGAGCGGGUUUGAUGCAGCGGCGCUUCAUAAGGUCGGACUCGAGGUUGAGAGGAUCUGGGAGAGAGAUUGCAACAGCGAGGAGAGGCCAUGGAAUACUGAACGUGAGGACGAUGUUACGGUGCGCAAGAGGUGGCUCGUCGUCGCUUCGCUGAAGUGGAUUUCAACCUCAUGA